ACUGAACUAGCUAGCAGCAGCAGCAGUUUCCUAGUGAGCUUAGUGCGUCCAGUGCCUGACAACUGUCGUCUGUGCUGUGCUCCGAGAGAAGCUUAGAGCGCCAGCAGGCAAGAAGAAGCUUCGGGGUCAUCGGUCGCCGCCGGAAUGGGAGCCAGCCUGUCUUGCUUCGGCGGGUCAGAAGGCGGGUACUACGCCGACGAGCCGGGGUACGAGCAGCCGCGGCGGUCGUCCAGGAAGGUGCGGCCGAGCGACGAGGACGGCCUGUGGUACGUAGGCGAGCGCGACGUCGACAUGAAGGCGUCGGCGUUCAUCGCCAGGUUCCAUGCCACCGCCUCGAGCUAGGCCCUGCAGGAGUGUCCAUGUGCACGGCGCCGAUCAUAUACCACCAUGUGAAAUCUUUAGUCUAUCUGUGUCUCUCGAGCCUGCUCAUGCCUCUGCUCGAGAUAAUCUCUCUAGUCACUAGCGCUUCCUUCUUCCUUCUUCCCCGACUGAUGGUUAGCUUAGUUCGCUUCAUUUUCCGUUAAUUACUACUGUACGUGCUUGACACUAUACUUAAGCCCCAUGCAUGUCAAUAUAUCCAUCUACUUACUCUCU